CAGGCCAGCAGCAGCUGGGCCAGCCGUUCGCGGGAGCACUGGCCACCGUCCCCCGGAGGCUUCGGAAUGGACUUGUGCCACCCAGACCCAGCGGAGCUGAGCAGUGGGGAGGCCGAGGAGCUGCAGCGGAUCAAAUGGCACCGGAAGCAGCUUCUGGACGACAUCCAGAAGCUGAAGGAUGAGAUCGAAGAUGUGUUUGCCCAAAUCGACUGCUUCGAGAUGACAGAGGAGAGCCGGAUGGCCCAAAAGGAGAAGGAGCUAUGCAUUGGGCGCAAGAAGUUCAACAUGGACCCCGUGAAGGGCAUCCAGUAUCUCAUCGAGCACAAGCUGCUGACCGCCAGCGCCCAGGACAUUGCCCGCUUCCUGUACAAGGGCGAGGGUCUCAACAAGACGGCCAUCGGUACCUACUUGGGGGAGAGGGACCCCAUCAACCUGCAGGUCCUCCAGGCCUUUGUGGACUGCCACGAGUUCGCCAACCUCAACCUCGUCCAGGCCCUCAGGCAGUUCCUCUGGAGCUUCCGGCUGCCGGGCGAGGCCCAGAAGAUUGACCGGAUGAUGGAGACGUUCGCCACUCGCUACUGCCUCUGCAACCCAGGCGUCUUCCAGUCCACAGACACCUGCUACGUCCUGUCCUUCUCCAUCAUCAUGCUCAACACCAGCCUCCACAACCCCAACGUCCGGGACAAGCCGCCCUUUGAGCGCUUCGUGUCCAUGAACCGCGGCAUCAAUGACGGCAGCGACCUGCCCGAGGAGCAGCUGCGGAACCUCUUCGACAGCAUCAAGAGUGAGCCCUUCUCCAUCCCUGAGGACGACGGCAAUGACCUCACUCACACCUUCUUCAACCCUGACCGCGAGGGCUGGCUGCUCAAGCUGGGAGGCCGCGUGAAGACGUGGAAGCGGCGCUGGUUCAUCCUGACCGACAGCUGCCUCUACUACUUCGAGUUCACCACUGACAAGGAGCCUCGAGGAAUCAUACCCCUUGAGAACCUGUCAGUGCAGAAGGUGGAUGACCCCAAGAAGCCGUUCUGCCUGGAGCUCUACAACCCCAGUUGCCGGGGCCAGAAGAUAAAAGCCUGCAAGACAGAUGGUGACGGCAAGGUGGUGGAGGGCAAGCAUCAGUCUUACCGGAUCUCGGCCUCCAGUGCCGAGGAGCGGGACCAAUGGAUCGAGGCCAUACGGGCCAGCAUCACCCGUGUCCCCUUCUACGACCUGGUCUCUGCUCGGAAGAAGAAGAUUGCCAGCAAGCACUGAGCUCCUGGGUGGGGGUGCUGGGCCAGGCACCCCGGAACCCCAUGACUAUGGAACCUGGAGACCCACCUCCCAGUCCAGGGCACCCUUUCCUGGCCUGCAGACAUCCUCCCCUCCCCCAUUACUUGGAGCUGACAGGAUGGGGAGGCGGAGCUCAAGAAGGUGGGUGGGAACAGCUGAGGGCCCCCGAAUGGCAAUGAAGUCCCUCGGGCACCCAGCUGCUGCCAGGAGAGGCCUGAGGAAGCGGGCGAAGAGAAACCAGCCCCCCCGUCCUCUCUGGGCCUCAGUUUCCUCUCCUGUGAAUGUCUCCUCGCACUCUGAAAAGCCAUCAGGCCUCACGGCAGGAGGGCCGUGGGGUUCCUGAGCUCCAUCUGCAAGGCACUGGGUGGCUUCUGCCCGGGCCUCACUCCUCCUCUGGUUCUGGGAAAACUAAGGAAUGUCUUGGCCCCUCUGGCUCUGUGCUCCCCACCAUUCCAGCCAGUGAGGGGAGCCUCAGCCCCUGGCUGCCUCCCUCCUCUCGAACUGCUUCCUCCAGGCAGGCGGACGGGAUUGCACCAGGUCUCCCUACCGAGCUUCCAGCUGGAGAUGUCUGCACGUGUUCACUGAGCUGGAGGGGACUCUGGACUGAAGGCUGCGGGGGAGCCGAGAGCAGAGUGGGCUCCACCCUCGGGGUGUCCACUUCAGGGGAGGCGCAGGCUGGAAUCCUCAAGGAAAUGGCGCAGAGCAUCCCCGGCAGCCGCACUCAGGCAGGACCGGUGGUGUAACCAAGAGGCCCAGAAGGGAGAGCGUGUGGGUGUGGUUACCAGGAAGGCUGCCUGGAGGCAGCGGCCACGGCGAUGAGUGACACAGAAGCUCAUGGCAGAGUCUCAGCCAAGGCUUCCCUGCAAGACCCUGAGCGGGGUUCCCAGGGGGCCGAGGGGCAGCCCAGCGGGGCCCCGCACCCUGAGACCCUCUCUCUACAGCAGCACCGUGAGAGCUGAGCUGACUUCCCAGCAACUGACAGGCGGCUCUGUCUCCCGGGAGGCCCCCGCCUGGGGGAGGAUUCCGCCCUCGAGCAGGCUUCUCCUCAGAGGCACUUCUCACCCCCUCAUCGGGUCCUGGGGGAGCCCCUGGAGGGAAGUUCCUGAAGGAAGCAGCAUAUGGGGUUGCUUCUGCCCCGCUGCCAGCCUGAGUGGGCGAGCAGGAGCUCCCGGGGUUCCCCAGGGGAGGGGAGGCAACCUCUCCUCCCCCCACCGCCGCAGUGUGCACACCUUCCUGGCGUCAGGACGGAGCGGCCGCCUGGGGAAGGGAGAGCCCGCCUCUGGGCGUGCGCCAGGGCCCGGUGUGAGACCGCACAGAGGAGGCGCUGGCUGGGCAGCUGUGGAGGCGGCCUUGCGGGAAUGUCAGGACGUCCCAGCCCCGGGUCAGCCUGGGAGCUGACCUCCACCUCUGCCACCUCACGGGCCCAGGAAGGGGCAGCCAGGGGUCAUGGGAGGAGCACUGGUCUGGGGGUCAUGGGGCCUGAGGUCCUCUCCUGCCACUGCCACCGCUGACUGUGUGACCUUAGUCCACUCCCGCCCUCUCUGUCCUCGGCGCCUCCCUCACUGAGGGGAGCCAGUGGUUGUCGGGGCGCGGGAGCAUGAAUCACGCCGAUGAGAGAAUAAAAGUCGUGAUCCACCUCAUGGGUGGGGCCCUGUCCUCGCUCUGUGACCACUUCUGCCAUCUUUGACCCAAUCCUGGCCCUUCACCUUCAUCACCUUCCCA